AUGACCGCGGUGGUGACGACGACCCGGGUGGGAUUCUCCGUCGUCGUCGCUCGCUCCGCGCGCGCGCGCGCGUCCCACCCGUCGUCGUCCGCCGCGCGGGCGGUGACGCUCGCGGCGGCGCGUUUCGGGUCAAAAGCGACCGCGGCCGCCUCGGCUCGAGCGUGCGGAGGACGAAUCACCGGAACUAUCGGACGCGCGGCGUCGUCGUCUUCUCGGGACGCGUCCACGAGCGCGGGACGAGGGGUCGGGGCAUCGAGCUCGAGCGACGGCGAAGAUGGUUUCGCUGGUUUUCUCCCAAACUCGCCGAGCGCGCCGCCGACGCCGAAACGACCGCAACCGGGGAAGGGUAAACGAACGCCACAACUUAGAUUCGAUGGUGAUACAUACAAGACUCCAGCGGCGCGGCGACGCGAACGUGACGAGGGCGAACGAUUGAACAAGGCGCUCGCGUCGCUCGGCGUCGCGAGUCGUCGGGGAGCGGACGACUUGAUUUUUGGCGGGCGAGUGAAAGUGAACGGGACGACGAUUACCGCGCCGCAGACAAAGGUCAACUUAAACACCGACGUCGUCAUGGUCGACGGUAAGGUCGUCGAGGGCGGCGUGAGCUUCGUGAAGGAGCACACGUACUUCAUGUUGAACAAGCCAAAAGGAUUCGUCUGCAGCGCCAGACCGGGAUCGGAAAGCGGGAAAACGGUGCUUGAUUUAUUCGAACAGUGGCGCGAGGAGUUUAGAUCUGAAUAUCCGGGAAAAUUACCACCCCGAUUGUUCACCGUCGGUCGUCUCGAUGUCGCCACGACCGGUCUCCUUUUGGUCACCACCGACGGUGACUGGAGUCAACGCGUCUCGCACCCGAGCAGUGAGGUAGUGAAACAGUACGUCGUGACAGCGAAUGCGAAGCCAACGCGCGCGCAAAUAGUCGCCAUGUCUAAGGGGACCGAGGUCGAUGGCGCACACGUCGUCCCUGUGCGCGUCGAAGUCGCGGGCGCGGAUGGAGGUCCAAAGAAUAGAAUUAUCGUCGAAGUGGUCGACGGGCGCAACCGCGAGGUGCGCGUACUGUGCGAGAGCGCUGGAGUCGAGGUAAAAAACCUGAAGCGCACGCGCGUUGGAGGCUUACGAAUGCCUAAAGAGCUCCCUCUUGGCAAGUAUGUACGACUGAAGCCGGCUCAAAUCGCGCACGUGCUUGACAAAGGUCUUGCGAUCAACGGAGGAACGUUUUAG